AUGCCUGCUGUACAUGGAGAUCUAACCACCUCUCUGCUCCCCACGGAGAGUGACCUGCCGCCGGAGAUCUAUCCGCGCCAGGUCACUCUCCGGGACCGGGUCACGAUCGCCACACUCGUGCCCUUUGUCUCCCAUGAGAAUGUGCCCCGGUCCUUGAUGAGCUACUUGUCGGAGCAGUUGAAUAAGGAAAUCGAAAAGGGCGAUACGUACGCCAUGAUUGAUCCCAUCCCAUUCGAGCAGUUUAGCCAGUACUGGUUCUCCGGGUUCAGCGCCAUCAUGAUCCUGGGUGAUAUCAGGAGCGCUUACCAGAUGCACGCCUUGGACCGCGCCGGCGCCAAUUGGGCCAAGAUCUGCCUGGGCAGCUUCAAUGUCCGCCCCAACUACCCGGGGCGUAGUAGCCAUGUCUGCAACGGGAUGUUUCUCGUCACUGAUGCCGCGCGAAAUCGCGGUGUCGGUCGCUUGAUGGGGGAGGGAUAUCUGGAAUGGGCUCCAAAGCUGGGAUAUACAUAUGCCGUGUUCAACCUCGUGUAUGAAAGCAACGUCGCCUCAUGUCGUCUCUGGGAUUCGCUUGGUUUCAAGCGUAUUGGCAGAGUGCCAGGAGGCGGUCGUCUCAUCUCCAACCCCGGGCAAUAUGUUGAUGCGAUCAUUUACGGUCGGGAUCUCGGCCCCGAGGGCGAGGACUCUGUAACACAAGAUCGAUUCGACAAAAUCCGCUACUACCUCAAACACUCCAAGUAUCCUCGGGGCGCUGACCGAGCCGAAAAGAGUCGCCUUCGCAGUGCCGCGACUCACUACAAACUCGUCGGUGGGGAAGACGGGGAGACCGAAAAGCUCAUGUUGAAGGAUAAGGAGGUGGUAUCGGAUCCGCAGCAACAGUACGAGAUCGCGCGGGAGUUGCAUAACGAGCAACACGCGGGUAUCAAUAAGACGACCGCGGCCAUCGCAGUCAAAUACCAUUGGGUGCGGAUUAAAGAAACGGUCAGUCGGGUGAUCCGAGACUGUCCCGAGUGCAAAGAGACUCUCAAGGCACCGGUGAUGAAUGAUAUUUUCACGGAGAACCGCAACCACGACACGAGCGGAGCCAACAUGCCGCACAAUGACCCCAUGGGCGCGACCUCGCUCAUGGGCCAUACCACACUGGAUCCACAUCAUACCCAGAACCCGUUUGACACGCCACACCCCUCUGUGGUACAGGGAGCGGUCGAUGCGGCGAUAGCGGACUAUGCAAACAUGCCGAUUGAACAGCAAAUGGCCCAUAUCCACCAGCAACUCACCCGCUUCAACCAAGCGCACGAUGAAAUGUCCCAACUUUAUGGCCACACCACGCAGGCAUUAUCGAACCCGAGCUUUGAUGAUCAUGUCCGACACCAUAGUCACGACUACCAUAUGAUGGUCGACGACCCAGCGAAUGCCGAUGAAACCACCCUCCAUCAGGGGGCUUUAGGACUGGUCCACUCGCAGGCCAGCGACGUGCAACAUGAGCAGUUGCCGGACAAGUAUCCGUAUGGUGGAGCACCCGACGAAGGGUUGGACUUUACGUGA